CUCCUCUCAUACAAGCUAGAAUUCACCCUUGCGCUUAGUAUGGUUUCUGAAUUUUUCCCUGGAUUAUCGCAAGAUUUUUCUCAAUUGCUUGUUGACGAUAUCGAUGAUUAUAAUGUUGUUAUUAAAGUUGGAGAAAAUACAAAUACAAAAGAAUUUCACGCACACUCCAACAUUUUGAGAGCUAGAUCUCCUUACUUCAAAAAAGCCUUUUUGCAGAAUAGAAGAGUUACAAAGGAAAAUAAUAUUUUUAAUUUCAUAAAACCAAAUAUUUCUCCUAUUGUGUUUGAGAUGGUUAUUAGAUAUAUGUACUCUGGUAUUCUUGAUUUGAGAGAAAAAGCUGUCACAGAUAUUCUUUAUCUUCUUGUUGCAUCUGAUGAAUUACUUAUGCAAGGAUUGAUUACUUUUGUGCAGAAGUACUUGAUUGAAAAUCAAGCUGAAUGGUUACAAGACAAUCUCUUCAAUGUUCUUCACACAUUAUUUCAAUUUGAGAGUUGUAAACAACUUCAAGAUUAUUGUUUAGAAUCUAUUUGUGAAGAUCCAGAACCUUUCUUUAACUCACCAAAAUUUCUAACUUUAGAAAAAAAUAUUUUACUUGGAUUACUUGAUCGAGAUGAUAUGACGAUGGAUGAAAUUGAGUUGUGGAAUAAUCUCAUUAAAUGGGGAAUUGCUCAAAAUUCUGAAUUGAAUGGAAAGAAUGUAACUAACUUAAAUAGUUGGAAUAAAGAGGAUUUCUUGACUUUGAAAAGUACUUUAGACCCAUUUAUCUCACAUAUCAGAUAUUUUGAUAUUUCAUCAAAAGAUUUCUAUAAUAAGGUUUGGCCUUUUAAAACAUUGCUACCUGAAGAACUUUUUGAAAAUAUUGUAUCAUUUCAUUUUGCUGAUACUCAACCGGAAAACAAAUUACCACCUCGUAGUGGAAAACUUCCUGUCGAUUCAAUAAUCAUUAAACCAAAAUAUGCAACUAUUCUUGCUAAUUGGACCCAAAGAAAGGACGCUAAUGUAAGAAUUUUAAAGAAUGAAUAUACUUUCAACUUAAUCUAUCGUGGAAGUAGAGAUGGAUUUGAUACUGACACUAUGCGCAGUAAGUGUAAUGGACAAGGUGCAACUAUUCUAGUUAUUAAAAUCAAAGAAAAUGGAUUUAUAAUUGGUGGUUAUAAUCCUUUUAAUUGGAA